AUGGUUUAUGUCGUGUUCUCUUCAAAUCCUCGGGUUGAAGUGGAUGGAUCCAAGACCAUCAAAGAUGCCAUCGAUCUAGUAAAGCCCCCUGGCGAUCAUAAACGUGUUGGUAGGUUCUUGAAUUUGACUUACGUUUAUACCUAAAUGAUUUAUGUUAUUUGUAGUCAUAUUUUUUAUUUAGCUGUAUUUUUCCGAGGGAAUAAACUCUCCGAUGAACAAGUGAUUGGUAAUAUCACUGGGUUGAAGCCUCAUCAUUCUCUCCGAGUCUUAUAUGAUGUCACACAGCAAGAAAGUGAUCCAAUGGAUACGAAUACGAUUGACAACCAACUUCUUCAGUCGUUGGAGAACACAAGUGAAGCUGAACUGCAGAAAGUAUGUGUCUAUCUAAUCUAACCUUUCAUUCAUAGAGUAUGACAAGAUGGUUUGUUUUUAGAUUUCCGACAUCAUUUCCAAACUAGAUUUCAAACGUACUUUUGCCCUAAAGAACCCGAAGAUAACCGAUAAUCCGAUUUUGAUUAAUCUCCUGGCAGAUUUUACACAGUGGAAGGAGGGGAUUAAACGAUAUCCAGAACUAGUUCCAUAUAUCCGUCAAGUUUUGGACAACGCACUUCCCAAAGACACUUUUGGCCGCCUUUUCAACCCCGCCGGUCCUUCCUUAACCCGGCCUCAACCCAAUUUGUUUGGGGCUCCUCAACCUCCCAAUAGAAUCACUGCAGAAUCCCUUCAAGAUGCUUUUGCUUCUGUUAUGAACAACUUAUCUGCUCCAACCGCAGCUGCUCCUUCCGUUCUUGUCCCCCCGGCUCCCCAAAUUCCUCCACCUGCGACUCCGGAGAAUCCUUUGGAAAGAUUCAGAAGUCAGCUGGACCAAUUCCACGAAUUCGGAUUCUUCGAUGACGACGAGAAUGUCCAAUACCUAGUGGUGACCAAUGGAAAUUUCGAGGCCGCCCUCGAACUCUUGAUCCGAUCCCGGGAAGAAUAA